AUGAAGCUGCCAACAGCAAAUCCACCCCAGGUGGACUACGCCAAUGAUCCCUACACCUGGGACAACCAGGUAGGAUGGAAACAGUGGCGGCCCCUCCGCCCAUUCCGAGGGAUGUACUACGAUGUCCGAAGAAGACUACCCUUCUACUGGUCCGAUGUGGUCGACGGCCUCAACUACCGCACCUUUGCCGGCACCGUUCGGAUCUUCUUCGUCAAUCUGCUCCCAGCAUUGGCAUUCACCUUGGACAUGUCCCGACGCACCGACAACUUCUUCGGCAUCAAUGAAGCCCUGUUUUCUUCGGCCCUUGCUGCCGUGGUCUUCUCCACCCUCUCCUGUCAACCGCUGACUGUGGUCGGCAUCACCGGUCUGAUCUCGUUGUUCAACUACACCAUCUACGACAUUGCCCGCGACCAAGGCAUCAUACACCUGUACGGGCCUCUCAUCUGCUGGGUCUCCAUCUGGGCUGCCAUCACCCAUUGGGCGGCUGCGAUCUUCAACCUCUGUGAUUACAUGCGCUACAUCACCGACUUCUCCAGCACAUCAUUUGGCCUCUACGUGGGGAUUAUUUAUAUGAUCAAGGGAGUCGAAGAACUGGUCGCUGCUUUCGAUGAUCAUAAUCGAUCCGGGGGCUAUCUGGCCUGCGUCAUCGCUUUGGUCUACUGGUUCACGGUCUACCGGCUGGAAAUGGUCGGAUCUACAACCUUCCUCAAGCCGUGGAUGCGCAAAUCCAUCUCAGAUUUUGCCUAUCCGAUUGCCACAUUAUGGUGGGUGGGCUUCUCCCAUAUCCCGGGGCGCCUCGCAGAAACGCACCAGUAUCGGGUUCCGCACACAAGGGCCUUCUACCCAACCCAAGACCGCCCCUGGCUCAUCCCAUUCUGGACUCUCCCGGUAAAAUGGGUCUUUGUGGCCCUUCCCAUGGGCAUCCUUUUGACUCUCCUCUUCUACUACGAUCACAACGUCAGCUCUCUGACCGCCCAAGCCCGCAAAUUCCCCUUGACUAAGCCCGCCGGCUUUCACUGGGACUUCUUCCUCCUCGGCUGCACCUGCUUCAUCGGCGGUAUUGUGGGCAUUCCGCUGCCAAACGGUCUAGUCCCUCAAGCACCAGUGCACACCGACGCCUGCACGGAAUACCAAGACGUCUUGAAAGUGACAAAAGAAAAGGACGACGAGCCCGAUGCGGAAUUUCACCAGCACAACAGGAAGAAAAUCGAAGCCAUCGAGGUCAAAGAGCAGCGAGUCUCGCACUGGCUCAUGGCUCUCGCCCUCAUCGGCACGAUGACCGGCCCCCUCCUGGACGUGCUGCACACCAUGCCGCGCUCCCUCUUCGCCGGCGUCUUCUUCGUCGUAGGCUGGGGCUCCGUGGGCUCCAGCCCAAUCAUCGCCAACGCCCUAUUCACCUGGCGCGAGCGCAAAUUCAUCGACCCCGACGAGCCGCGCCUGCGCCUCAAGCCCAGCCGCAUCUGGCUGUACAUUGCUUUCCAGCUCGCCGGCGUGCUCUCCAGCGUCGCCAUCUCGCAGACCAUCGCCGCCAUCGGCUUCCCCGUCAUCAUCAUCUCCCUCAUCCCGUUGCGCUGGCUCGUGAUGCCGCGCGUCUUCACCGAAGAAGAACUGCUUAUCCUCGACGCCCCGACUGCUGACGCAGACGUCGUGCUCGCCUCCAUGGGCGGCCAACCUACGCUGCCCGAAGUGCGGCUUGCGGAGGAGAAGCGCAGGCGCGAGAAUGCGGAUGGCGAGCAGGGGUUGAGUAGUGGGUAUUUGAGCGGGACGACGGGCAGCAUGCGGAGUCGGGAGGUGUUUAAGGAUGAGGAGGAGCGGAAGAUUGAGGAGGAGCGGGAGAAGAGGAGGCUUUCGGAUGGCGUGCAGCCUACUGAGUGGACGGGGCAUGAUUAG